CAGUUCGACGUGUGCUAAGCGCCAGUGAAUUCAUCAUGAAGAAGAAGCCAAUAAGGAAAUGUUACACUGAACGCUUCCCAGGAUUUUCCUAGAAGAAGUUAAUGGAGCAGACAGAAAGCAAUAGCAUGGACAAGGUGGUAAACUGUUUCAAGAAAAGACCAGAUGCUGUGGCCAGACUGAUCUGCUUCCCCUGGGCAGGUGGAGGGUCCAUACACUACGCUCGCUGGGGAAAUGUCCUCAGCAGCUCUGUUGAAGUGUUGGCUGUCAAACUUCCCGGCAGAGAGAGUCGAGCUAAAGAGCCAUUCUUUGAAAACAUGCAGCAGAUCGUGGAUGAAGUGAUUAGUGUGUUGUUGCCGCUGCUAAAGGAGAAGCCAUUCGCUCUGUUUGGCCACAGUUUCGGUGCCUUCACAAGCUUCGCUGUUGCAGACGCGCUGAAGAAAAUUCACAACAUGGAGCCAGUUCACAUCUUUCUGUCUGGUGCUUCUGCACCUUAUUCAGAGACUCGCAUUAAAACCCCAAAGCGAAGCGACUUGUCUGAUGAAGAUUUUCUUAAGUGGUUAAUUUCGAUUGGAGGAACUCCUCCUGAGCUGCUGGCGAACCCUGAAGUCCUCAAGCUCUUCCUUCCCGCCCUGAAGGCUGACCUGCACGUAGUGGAGAACUACAGAUGUAACAAGGCGAGCAGCCCGCUUUUCUCCUGCCCGGUCACGUGUUUUGACGGGAAGGAUGACAUUCCUCAUGAUUUACAAGAGCAGUGUUUACGUAACCCUAACAAUCCGUCUCCUUCUACUGAACUCUGACUUCAGUAUCUUGCAGUUUGUUCAUCGGAGUGUGAAAGUUAGAUCGAAAGCACUCAGCCAUAGAAACAACCUCUUGUAUGUAUGAAUGGGUGAAUGAGCCUUGUAGCACAAAGCGCUCAAGCAGAGUAGUAAAUAAAUUUAAAAGCAUACAUUAAUAAUUACAUAAUUAAACACAAGUUAAUAAUCAAAUUAAAAUGUACACACCGAAAGCCCCGUUUCACAGUGAGUGGAUGGCGUUUGUCAGGAUGUUUCUUAUGUGGUGAAAACCACCUUUAAAAAAAUGUCAGGUGGAGUUAGCUUCGGUUAGUAAAUGAUGAUCUACCUGGUUUAUGGCUUCACCUGGUCCAGGGAUGUCUGCGGCCGUCGGGCUGAGUAAAUCUUUUGCUGGGCAGUGUUAACUAAUGCUAACUGUUUCUUACUAGAGAGCACGGGAUCUGAACCAGAGGCAGCAAGAAUGUGUGACUGAGUACGUGAAAGACUUUGAUUUACAGGUGAUCAAGUGAAAUUAGUGUGUGUGUGUG